AUGUCUCUGGUUCAACAGGUCAUGAGCCUCUCCUCUGAUGGGGAAACCAAGUUCUCCGGUGAUGACGCACAAGUUCAGCUGUUCUUUUCCACAGUCGAAGCAAAGCUGUCUGCGGUGGGCGUGGACAUGAGUGCGCUCAAUUCAGACCAAGAUAUUGCGACUUCUCAUCCUUUCUCGUCCCGAACGGAACAACAAAGACGUCCGGCUCACACAACAACAAGCAACAGACAGGAUGACGAAGAAGAAGAUGAUGAUGCAGACGAAGACCUCACACCUCGUGUGGUCGGGUCAGCAGUGACAUCACGAUCCACAGCCAGAAGGGCACGACGAGGCAACACGAGAGGAAGAGGUGAUCAAGAUCGCACGACCUCAGGGCCAUCGUCAGCCUCAGGGCCAUCGUCAGCCUCAGGGCCAUCGUCAGCGUCAGUGCCCUCGACAAUAACAGGCCCACUGGACAAUGCACUCUUUGUAUUUUUCACAAAGUGUGUCUGUGGACACCCGCUGUCACUGAUCAUCUCCAACAAUCCAAGGAAGUCUGGAAAGAUUGCUUACCAGAGACUCAAAGAGCGCUACACGCAGUCGGGAGUGGACUAUGUUCAUCGACUGCAGGCACAAUUACGAACGUUGUCGUGGACCACAACGGACACAGUGGACACGUUCAUGAACAAGCUCUCUUCCAUCGACUCAGAGCUGAGACUCAACAACGUGCAAACGCCCCACGACGAUCUGAUGGCUAUUGUGCGCAACAGCCUACCAUCACAAUUUCAACUUGGGUUUCGCUUCAUUGAACUGCAGCGUCCCACAUCAAUUGCCAAGUUGACGGCACUACUUCUGCAAGAAGAAACGAGGAUAAACACCUCAGAACAGAAGCAGACCGAUAGCGUGCUUGCCGUUGUGGAGCACACAGCAUCAACUGCAAGACGCACGACUGCAUCUCGGAAAGCAUGUUGUCCGCCACGCAACAGAGUUACUUGUGCAUUCUGUGGGGUUUCAGGUCACUGUGCACAAAUCUGCUUCAGACUCCGAGAUGCCAAGCAGGCAAAUCUCAUUGACACAAAUCACGUGCUUCAAGUACUGCGCAAACGCUCUGGCAAAGGACGUUUCCCACAAGGCCAUUUGAGCAAGCGCAGUUCAAACACAAGUGCAUUCUCUGUCGAAGAGGUACUUGCAGUUACCACCGUGAGCAAUACUGCUGACUGCUUGAAGCAGCACUGGGUGGUGGACACUGGCGCUACAGCGCACGUGACUCCAUGGAAACACUUCCUUCACAACUAUGAACCAGUCCACAAGGACCGCUACGUUGUGAUUGCAGAUAAAAGACGUGCACGAGUGCACGGAAUGGGCACAGCGAUCCUUCACACCACAACAUCUGAAGGAACAGUGGCCACCCUUCGACUUGAAGGCGUCUUGCACGUUCCAGACAUCGCAUACAACCUGUUUGGUGUGCACGCAGCAAUGACACGGAAUCCACAUGCACGCACAAAUCUGCAACAACACAACAAUUACAUUCAGUUCCCAACGUGGACACUGCCGUUGCACACAGAUGAGGCUGGCCGCUUACUCAUUCACGCAACCGGUGCACAUGAGGUCUCCCUGGUAGCGAUUACGGCGCCAAUUGACAGUGACGCCGCGGACUCAGGGUAUCAUCACGAGUGUAUGGGGCACCGUGCGGUGCUUGACAGUAUCGCAAGCCGUGCACGCAACCAAGUACCGUGUCAUGCAUGCGGCAUCGCAAAGAGCACAAGAGCGAGCAUACCUAAACAAGCUAAGCCACGCACUGCACUGCCGCUCAAGCUUUUCUAUGCAGACAUUGUGGGCCCAUUCCCACGGUCUGUGCGUGGAUAUGUAUAUGCCAUUACGUUUACGGAUGAUGCCACGAGGUUUGCGUGGAGCUUCCUCAUGGGCAGGAAGGAUCAAGUCCCCACCGCGCUUGAACACCUCAGACGCAACAUGUUUGUGCACGGUGGCCUUAAUGGCUCCACGCUUCAAACUGACUCGGAUGCUGUGUUUCGCAGUGCUGGUUUUAGAGACCUAUGUGCAGACUUGAAUGUCGCACAAAGGUUCUCACCGCCUUAUGCCCAAGCCAAAAAACGGCGUCGCUGA